AUGCCACAAAAAAAGCGUUCUCGUCGUUCUGAACCAAAACUCUUUCGCUGUACGGGCUUUGGUGACUGUAACAUGGUGUUCACUCGUAGCGAACAUCUUGCACGCCAUGCACGUAAACAUACUGGAGAGAAACCUUUCAAGUGCAUUGUGCCGGGAUGUGAACGGAUGUUUAGUCGUUUUGACAAUAUGAUGCAGCAUACGCAUACUCAUGACCGUCAAAAGAAGAAGAACAAUGACAAGGGGCCUAGCACUCGUACUACUACUACCACCACUACUUCCACUACCACGCCACCUUCUUUGGCUUCUUCACCACCCACCCACAAUGAGGCUCAUGUCAAUGCUACCAUGUUACAAAGCCGCACAUUACCUCCCCCCUCACGUCCACAUGACGAUCCAUUACGAUCACCACCCAAGUAUGGAGCAUCGUCUUCUUCACUUGCUUCGCCACCUUCUCCAAUGAUGACACUUCCUCCGCCACCACCCACACAACAACCCAACUGGCACCCAGCAUGGCAAGGGGGAAGUGGACCCUUGUUAUCACCUUAUUCACCCACUGGACAUACCAGCUUGACCGAUUACUUUGCUCAACCUGAAGGUGGUGUAUCGUCAAGUGCAUCUUCGAGACGUCCCUCAUGGAAUUAUGGUCAUCAAAAUGAAAUGUGGCAAUAUCAUCAUCAUCCUUCUACUGCUACUGCUACAACCAAUGAUUAUUGGUCACAAUUCCGUUAUCCAAGCCCUACUUCUUAUCGCCAAUCUAGUCCAACAAAGCAACAACAAGAUAACCAAUCAACACCUUCUUCAUCACCACAACCUCCUCCCAAACGACGCUUAUCUUUGAUUGAUUUGCAAACACCCAUUGAUCAUUGGCAGGAGCGUAGUAGUAGCAGUGGUGGUGCUACAUCCGAUGAAGAUAAUGACGAUACUGCUACACCCGUGGUGGAUGUGACCCCUGAUGAGUACGAAGCAAUCCAAGGCUUUGGCAAGUUCCAUGCAAAAUCAGUCGUCAAGUUCGAUUCUCCCCACAUGGGCGUACAACUUCAUGCAUUUCGUCAACACACACUUCCUGUUCCAGAGUCAUUCCAACGCCCAGCUGCAGCAGCUGCACCAUCAGAUUGGGUCGCCUGA